ACCGCUCAGGACCACCGUUCUAGGGGUGGUGGACGUGGGCGGCUCCGGCAUGAGGUCGGGGGCCGCUCCGCGACUGCGGGCGCUCCAGCGACACCUGGGCUCCUCGGAGGGCAGAGGCAUGGAGCUGGUCAGCAGCCCGCUGACCACGCAUGUGCUGGACACGGCCUCAGGGCUCCCAGCCCAGGGCCUCUGCCUCCGUCUGUCCAGGCUCGAGGACCAUGGCCAGCAGUGGACGGAGCUGAGAAAAAGCUACACCGACUCGGAUGGCCGCUGCCCGGGGCUCCUGCCACCAGGCCCGAUGAAGGCAGGCACCUACAAGCUGUCCUUUGACACUGAGGGCUACUGGAAGAAGAGGGGGCAGGAGAGCUUCUACCCGUAUGUGGAGGUCGUUUUCACCAUCACCAACGAGACCCACAGGUUCCAUGUGCCCCUGCUGCUGAGCCCGUGGUCCUACACCACGUAUCGAGGAAGCUAGUGGCUGCGCCAUCGCCUCCUCUGGACAACUGCUGGCCUGUGAGCAUCAAUCCCAUCCCCACAGCUCACUGGGACUCCUCAACAGAGGGCACCAGUUCACACUCCCUGCGGGAGAUUCUGGCCCCCCAAUUUCCAGUAGCCGCGGAGUCUCAGGCAUCAAUAAAGUCAGUGCUGGCAUCAGCAA